AGAGUAAAACUGAAAAACAAACAGAACAUGCUUGGAACACACGUCUUUGAAAAGUAAGUUUGCUUUGUCUUGAUGUCAAUUCCCCACGUCAUUUUCCUUGCCCUGACUCGUAAUAUAAAGGCCCGGUUUCCUCCCGAUCAAUUACAGCAUAGCCUCAUCUGGGGAUAUCGACAAACGAUGAUACCCAAAUUAUGCCUGUUUUUCCUAACAGUCAUACAAAUAUCAGCAGCCAUGGAGUUCCAAAGCCUACUUCCAUCUUCUUUUUCUCAGAACCAAUUUCAUCCACCUUCAGAUACUGGCAAAGAGGUUAAGAAUGCUGUUAAUGGUGUAAGGAGACAUGAAAUUCGCCUUGAGAAGCAAGAAGAACUUCUGGAAAAGCAGGAAGAGCGCCUGGGUCAGCUGAACGAUUCACUGAAAGCCCAUGAAAAACUCAAUGAGGUCCAGGAUCAGUUGUUGUCUACGAUGCAGGCAUCACAACUGGACGAGAAGUCGCGUUUGUCAACCAUUGAAGAAAAGCUGCACCAGCUGGAAGAUAAACUCGUUAUUGCUGAAAACGCUAGCAGUCCACUCACUAUGUCCACAUCAUCGGAUUCUGUGGAGCAGGAUGGCGAAUCUGGUACUGACGGAACCGUUAAGAAGCGGCAAAGCGUAAACUUCACCUCAAUUCAGGACGCGGGUCUAUCCUUCGCUCUCAUUAUGGAAGCAAUGGAAUAUUCUGAAGUAAAAGAACGUUGUGCUCAAAUGGUUGAUGGGGGUCGACUGAUUGCCCUUGACUCAGAAUCCAAGUUUCAAGCCAUGAAAACAUAUCUGACCGACAAUGUGGAUGGGAAUCCUAACUUCUACGUUGGGUUAAAAAAGGCACGUGGACAGAAGGUACACCACUGGUCCACUGGAAAAAAGCCUGACGAUAACCUUUGGUGCAAGGGACCUGGGAAGAAACAUGCAUAUCGUUGUGCGAUCCUCAGUACGAAGCACCGCAAGGGAUACUGCCUUUCUGCGAGUAGAUGCAAAGUUAAAAGAUACGCCAUUUGUGAGAGCCCUUUGUAAUACCGCAAUACAGCACGGUUAGUCGUGCCUACAUUCAAUAAAGUAUGCAUACCUCA